AUGUUCCGACGCCCACGCCAGAACCGCCACAACCUCUCCCUGCGCCUGAGCAAGAUCCUCCAACCGAUCCCCGUGAUUCCCUGGAGCGCACUCGCGAUGUGGUAUCUGGGCGUUCCCGUCGGAGUUGGGGCCCCCAUGAUCGUAGUCCAGGACGCCGACUACCCCACCGCGCAAUCCCGCCUAGCGAAGGACGGGUUUACACGAAGCGUGCCCAACCGCAACCCCCACCCCGCCAUCAUAGCGCGCCACCCCAACCCCCAGCAGAUGCUGGCCGAGAUCAACGCCUACUACCACCGCGUGGAUCGCUCGUGCGCCGUGUUCGAUUAUCCGGACGACGACCCAAAGGACAAGGACAUGCAGCUGUACCUGUUUCCGAACUCGUUCGCGCAGGUUUUUGAUGGUUGGCAGUGGCAGGAGGCUCCCCGUGAUGAGACAGGUGCGACGGUAGCAGCAGCAGCAGCACAGCGAUACGAGAGCUACGGUAACCUACACUACGCGCUGGAGCGAGCGCUGGUGGAGAGCGUUGUCCGGGCGGCGGUUGAGGAGGAAUCCGCCACGGGCUUUUCGGCGUGGGGCAAGGACCUGCGGUACUGGGUGGCGAUGAUGAAUGGGUGGGUAUUUGGAGGUGAACAAUGA